CAGGAACUGAAAAUGACUAGGAAGAGGACAUACUGGGUGCCCAACUCUUCUGGUGGCCUUGUGAAUCUUGGCAUCGACAUAGGCGAUGACAUGGUUUCAGGACUUAGUUAUAAAACCUACACCCUCCAAGAUGGCCCCUGGAGUCAGCAAGAGAGAAAUCUGGAGGCUCCGGGGAGGGCAACUGUCCCACCGUGGGGGAAGUAUGAUGCUGCCUUGAGAACCAUGAUUCCCUUCCGCCCCAAGCCAAGGUUUCCUGCCCCCCAGCCCCUGGAUGAUGCUGGUCUGUUCUCCUACCUCACCAUGUCAUGGCUCACCCCGCUCAUGAUCCAAAGCUUUCGGAAUCGCUUAGAUGAGAACACCAUCCCUCCACUGUCAGUCCAUGAUGCCUCAGACAAAAAUGUCCAAAGGCUUCACCGCCUUUGGGAAGAAGAAGUCUCAAGGCGAGGGAUUGAAAAAGCUUCAGUGUUUCUGGUGAUGCUGAGGUUCCAGAGAACAAGGAUGAUUUUCGAUGCACUUCUGGGUGUCUGCUUCUGCAUUGCCAGUGUACUCGGGCCAACAUUGAUUAUACCAAAAAUCCUGGAAUAUUCAGAAGAGCAGUCGGGGAAUGUUGUCCUUGGAGUGGGACUCUGCUUUGCCCUUUUUCUCUCCGAAUGUUUGAAGUCUGUGAGUCUCUCCUGCAGUUGGAUCAUCAACCAGCGCACAGCCAUCAGGUUCCGAGCAGCUGUUUCCUCCUUUGCCUUUGAGAAGCUCAUCCAGUUUAAAUCUCUAAUACACAUCACCUCAGGAGAGGCCAUCGGCUUCUUCACCAGUGACAUAAACUACCUGUUUGAAGGGGUGUGUUAUGGACCCCUAUUACUGGUCAGCUGCGCAUCACUGGUCAUCUGCAGCAUUUCUUCCUACUUCAUUAUUGGAUACACUGCAUUUGUUGCCAUUUUAUGCUUUCUCCUGGUUUUCCCACUGGAGGUAUUCGUGACAAGAAUGGCUGUGAAGGCUCAGCAUGACACAUCUGAGGUCAGCGACCAGCGCAUUCGUGUGACCAGUGAAGUUCUCACUUGCAUUAAGCUGAUUAAAAUGUACACAUGGGAGAAACCAUUUACAAAAAUCAUUGAAGACCUAAGAAGGAAGGAAAGGAAACUAUUGGAGAAGUGCGGGCUUGUCCAGAGCCUGACCACUGUAGCCUUGUUCGUCAUCCCCACAGUGGCCACAGCAGUCUGGAUUCUCGUCCACACAUCCUUGAAGUUGAAACUCACAACGUCAACGGCCUUCAGCAUGCUGGGCUCCUUGACUCUCCUUCGGCUGUCAGUGUUCUUUGUGCCCUUAGCAGUCAAAGGCCUCACGAAUUCCAAGUCUGCGGUGAUGAGGUUCAAGAAGUUUUUCCUCCAGGAGAGCCCUGUUUUCUAUGUCCAGACAUUACAAGACCCCAGCAAAGCUCUGGUCUUGGAAGAGGCCACCUUGUCUUGGCGACAGACCUGUCCUGGGAUCGUCAAUGGGGCAUUGGAGCUGGAGAGGAAUGGACACGCUUCUGAGGGGGUGACCAGGCCUAGAGAUGCCCUCGAGCCAGAGGAAGAAGGGAAGAGCCUGGGCCCAGAGUUGCACAAGAUCAACCUGGUGGUGUCCAAGGGGAUGAUGUUAGGGGUCUGCGGCAACACGGGGAGUGGUAAGAGCAGCCUGUUGUCAGCCAUCCUUGGGGAGAUGAACUUGCUUGAGGGCUCAGUGGGGGUGCAGGGAAGCCUGGCCUAUGUCCCCCAGCAGGCCUGGAUCGUCAGCGGGAGCAUCAGGGAGAACAUCCUCAUGGGAGAUCCAUAUGACAAGGCCCGAUACCUCCAGGUGCUCCACUGCUGCUCCCUGAAUCGGGACCUGGAACUUCUGCCCUUUGGAGACAUGACAGAGAUCGGGGAGCGGGGCCUCAACCUCUCUGGGGGGCAGAAACAGAGGAUCAGCCUGGCCCGCGCCAUCUACUCCGACCGUCAACUCUACCUGCUGGACGACCCCCUGUCUGCUGUGGACGCCCACGUGGGGAAGCACAUUUUUGAGGAGUGCAUUAAGAAGACACUUAGGGGGAAGACGGUCGUCCUGGUGACCCACCAGCUGCAGUACUUAGAAUUUUGUGACCAGAUCAUUUUGUUGGAAAACGGAAAAAUCUGUGAAAACGGAACUCACAGUGAGUUAAUGCAGAAAAAGGGGAAAUAUGCCCAACUUAUCCAGAAGAUGCACAAAGAAGCCAUAUCGGUCACGUUGCAGGACACAGCAAAGAUAGCAGAGAAGCCACAGGUAGAAAGUCAGGCUCUGGCCACCUCCUUGGAAGAGUCUCUCAAUGGAAAUGCUGUGCCGGAGCAUCAGCUCACACAGGAGGAGGAGAUGAAAGAAGGCUCCUUGAGUUGGAGGGUCUACCACCACUACAUCCAGGCAGCUGGAGGUUACGUGGUCUCUUGCAUAGUUUUCUUCUUCAUGGUGCUGAUCAUCUUCUUCACAAUCUUCAGCUUCUGGUGGCUGAGCUACUGGUUGGAGCAGGGCUCAGGGACCAAUAGCAGCCGAGAGAGCAAUGGAACCACGGCAGACCCAGGCAACGUGGCAGACAAUCCUCAACUGUCCUUCUACCAGCUGGUGUAUGCGCUCAACACCCUGCUCCUCAUCUGUGUGGGGGUCUGCUCCUCAGGGAUUUUCACCAAGGUCACGAGGAAGGCAUCCACGGCUCUGCACAACAAGCUCUUCAACAAGGUUUUCCGCUGCCCCAUGAGUUUCUUUGACACCAUCCCAAUAGGCCGGCUCUUGAACUGCUUCGCAGGGGACUUGGAAGAGCUGGACCAGCUCUUGCCCAUCUUUUCAGAGCAGUUCAUGGUCCUGUCCUUGCUGGUGAUCGCCAUCCUGUUGGUUAUCAGUAUGCUGUCUCCAUAUAUCCUGUUAAUGGGAGCCACAAUCAUGGUUAUUUGCUUCGUUUAUUAUAUGAUGUUCAAGAAGGCCAUCGGUGUGUUCAAGAGAUUGGAGAACUAUAGCCGGUCCCCUUUAUUCUCCCACAUCCUCAAUUCUCUGCAAGGCCUGAGCUCCAUCCAUGUCUAUGGAAAAACUGAAGACUUCAUCAGCCAGUUUAAGAGGCUGACUGAUGCGCAGAAUAACUACCUGUUGUUGUUUCUGUCUUCCACGCGAUGGGUGGCAUUGAGGCUGGAGAUCUUGACCAACCUUGUGACCUUGGCUGUUGCUCUGUUCGUGGCUUUUGGCAUUUCCUCCACCUCCUACUCCUUUAAAGCCAUGGCUCUCAGCAUCGUGCUGCAGCUGGCGUCCACCUUCCAGGCCGCUGCCCGGACUGGCGCAGAGACAGAGGCACACUUCGUGGCUGCAGAGAGGAUGCUGCAGUACAUGAAGAUGUGUGUCUCUGAAGCUCCUUUACAUAUGGAAGGCACAAGUUGUCCACGGGGGUGGCCACAGCAUGGGGAAAUCACAUUUCAGGAUUAUCACAUGAAAUACAGAGACAACACACCCACUGUGCUUCACGGCAUCAACCUGACCAUCCGUAGCAACGAAGUGGUGGGCAUCGUGGGAAGGACGGGCUCUGGGAAGUCCUCCUUGGGCAUGGCUCUCUUCCGCCUGGUGGAGCCCAUGGCAGGCCGGAUUCUCAUUGACGGCGUGGACAUUUGCAGCAUCGGCCUGGAGGACUUGCGGUCCAAGCUCUCAGUGAUCCCUCAAGAUCCGGUGCUGCUCUCGGGAACCAUCAAAUUCAACCUAGAUCCCUUUGACCGUCACACCGACCAGCAGAUCUGGGAUGCCUUGGAGAGGACAUUACUGACCAAGGCUAUCUCAAAGCUCCCCAAAAAGCUGCAUACGGAUGUGGUAGACAAUGGUGGAAACUUCUCUGUGGGGGAGAGGCAGCUGCUCUGCAUUGCUCGGGCUGUGCUUCGCAACUCCAAGAUCAUCCUUAUCGAUGAAGCCACAGCCUCCAUUGACAUGGAGACGGACACCCUGAUCCAGUGCACAAUCCGUGAAGCCUUCCAGGGCUGCACCGUGCUGAUCAUUGCCCACCGUGUCACCACCGUGCUCAACUGUGACCGCAUCCUGGUUAUGGCCAAUGGGAAGGUGGUAGAGUUUGAUCGGCCGGAGGUCCUGCGGAAGAAGCCUGGGUCGUUGUUCACAGCCCUCGUGGCCACAGCCACUUCUUCACCGAGAUAAGGAGAUGUGGAGACUUCAUGGAGGCUGGUGGCUGAGCUCAGAAGUGCACACAGGUGUAGCUUCGGGGCCCACAGUCUGCGACCUUCUUGUUCGGAGAUGAUGACUUCUCCUGGAAGCAGGGGUAAAUGUAGGCGGGGCAGGGAUUGCUGGAUGGAAACGCUGGAACAGGCUACUUGAUGGCUCUCAAAGCCUUAGGACCCCAGCACCAUUGGAGACAUGGGAUUCAGUGAUCGUGUGGUUCUUCUUUUAACUUAUAUGCUGAAUAAUUUUAUAAUAAGGUAAAAGCUUAUCGUUUUCUGAUCUGUGUUAGAAGUGUUGCAAAUGCUGUACUGACUUUGUAAAAAAUAAAACUAAGGAAAAGUCA